AUGUCUGGUCCAAGCGACAAGUCAGCCAGCGCUGCGGAGGCGUCAACAACAAACCCUUACACUAAAUACUACAACUCUCCGACAUUGUCGGACGUCGUGAUAUGCUAUGGCAACAACGGCGAGGGCGUCUUUUACGGUCAUAAGCUUCAACUGUCGGCCAAGGCUCAAUGGUUCGAGAAAGCCUUCACGCAUGGCUUCGCUGAGACCAGUGCCGACAAGGUUACUCUCCACGAAGACGAUCCGGCCGCUGUCGAAGGCAUGCUCAAGCACAUUUACGGCAAACAGCUCAUCGAUCUAGACUGCACGGGGAUCGAAGACGUCUUUUUCGCCAUUGAACUUUACCGUAUCGCUGACAAGUACGACUGUCCGUCUCUCGAGACUGAAGCCCCCGAUCUCCUUGGCCGCCUCGUCGCAAAAUUCUUCGAUCAGCUUCACAUUCAGGAAGAGAUGAGCGGAAUUAAUGAUCUUUACAAGAUCACAAGCGCUGUGUACGACUUCGAAGAGACGCGUAGCGGAUCGAAGAGGUCACCAAUUUUGCGAUCACUCAUAAGUUGCAUCUUCGCGAACAACGCCGCCAAGCCGUUCGAAGGUUCGCAAGUGCUGUCGAAGGGCAUUUCCAAGGCAGUCGUGCAAGCUUCGAUCUGCUACUUAAAGGCGGGUUUCCACAGUUCUGGAAGCAUCACUUUCUCUUCCACACACUCCAUCAUAAUCCGCAAGCCUGUGGAGACCAAUGAGCGCCUUCAGCCCACCUCGAACAAUGACCACACAAGAUUCGACCAGGUUGCCGCUCUCACAGACGUCUAA